CUACAAAUCGGCCGAACAGCAAACACGCAUAGCGUUUACGCAACUUACCGCGCCCGCAUGCGUCUGGCUGGCACACUUACAAAAAAAAAAUACAAAUUACAAAUUUCGAACGCAGAUAAAAUAAUUUUCCUUAUCUGCGUGAAUUGUGUGUCAAAUUUUGCGCGCCAUUUUAAAUUUUGUUUGCGCGGGAUUGUUUUCGUGUUAUUUAUUUAUAGUUGAAUUAAAAUAAAUAAAUGAAACAAUGUGUGAGACAUUGAAGUGUUAUGUUAUUGUGAGAGGCUGUGAUGUGUUUGUUUCGUGAAGUGGACAGCAAAAAGACACCAUCUGUCGAAAAGGUGGAGGGCGACGCGAGUGCGAGGAGGCGGCAGGGUGCGCGUGCGGCGGCCAGCGCGCUCCGCCCGUGCCUCCCGCGCCGCCGACUCAUCACCCCUUGCACGCGCUCGAACAAAUGCCGCCGCCUCUACUCAGAUCGAAUCCCCUGUAUACAGAAGAAGAGGAGCAAGAGGUAGUGAUAAUCGUGGACUCACUGGACGAGGUGCCCGAGGUAGAAGCCGUGGAGCCGCCUCGCACGCCUCGCCGGGCACCCUCCACGUCCUCAGGCUACGGCAGCGGCGGAGGCAGCCACGGACGGGUGUCCCCCAACUUACCAAAGAGCGAGCAGUUCGAGCCGCCAGCCCGCCGGUUGUCUGACUCGGACAAGAAUGAUGGAUCUCACAACACUUCGGACUCCGAUAGUCCGGUCUGCACGCUUAGCAGGAGCUUGAAGGAAGAUAUCAGGUCCUGUUUGGGAGUUUGCAGAUGGGAGAAAGACGUGAACGAUGUAGUGGAGGCAGCCGUAAGGGGUGCUGGGGGCAUCAGCGCAGCCCGAGCAAGACUCCACGCGGCCCUCCUAGCAUUACACGAGCCCCUCCCACGGCUGCCAAACAGGGGCCCCUCGCUGCCUUACUGCGGCCCUGGCGUGAGGCCUGGUGAUGUCACUAUGAUGCCUAAGAACACUGAGAUGUCGUUACUGGCAGCCAGCGCUCUCUUCACCCUCGACGGCGCCCGAGGCGAAGCCCUAUCUCGUCGCUUAGCCCGCAGCGAACGACGACGGCGUCGCUGCAGAGCUGCCCUGGCCAUCAUAGCGCUCCUCCUACUCUUGGCUGCAGUGGGGGCAGUGGAACUCCUCAUGUCUAGAGGACAAAGGGUCUUUGGAGCUGUACUACGUUGAACAAUGCAAGUGAUUGGAGGAAUCACGGUAGGCUCUAUAGAAGGAGUAUUUUUAUUAUACAACGGAUUAUUAAAAAAAAAAACACUCUAUUACGACAUUUCUAUUUACCUUGUUUCAAAUCCAAUUGUCAUUAUUUCGUAGCACCUCAAGGACAGUCUCCUACAGCUACUUAUCAUAGGAAAAUUCUGAAUUCAGAAGACCUAAAUAGGUUUGUAUUUGUAUACCACAAACUGUGGCUUUUCUAGCUGAUUAGUGAUUCCAAUAAUGUUUUGUAUAGGUAUCUUAUGAAAUUCACAUCUAAAAUUCCUAUUAGGUUGUUGGCAUCCACUAUUUAAGACCAACUUGUAUAGAAUGCUGAUAAUAUGCAGUUUUGCAUUCACGGAACAGGGAUAGAUUCAUGAGAAGAUAGAACAAAUAAGUACUUACAAGGAAAGAAUUUUGUGUCUCUUUAGAUCCAAUUUAUAUGAACUAUUCAAAUUCGCUAUUUCAUACAUAUGUAUCGGUUUUGUUAAAGUUUAAAAUGUAUAGUUAGAGUAGAAUAAUAUUUUUUUAAGCAAAUGAUUUGGAUUCCACUAUCGAAAAUAUUUUAUGAUAGAAACACGUAUGUUAAUCUUAAGUAGUUAAUUUUGUAAAUAGUUUUUAUUUCGUUAAUAUAUAGUAAGAGAAUAAGUUUACUGGAAGUGCCUUCCUAACUAAUUUUAAGUUAAAUCGAGCUUACUAUAUGUAUUUCGAACUACCACGAAUUUAGAUAUAUUUAUCUAUUUGAAUCUUAUAAAAUUCCCUUUACAGGUGAUAUUAAUUUAGUCGAUUUACCUAAAAUUAACAAAGCCCCUAUUUUCUUCUUCCUUUUAACUCAAGGAUUCAAGAGAAUGUGGGGUGAACAUAGUGAUUUUAAAAUUAUUAUAUUAUACUCGGCUUGCUUUCUUAUGUAAAAAAAAAGAAAAUAUUAGUAUCUAGUUAGUUCUUGGUAAUAAAGUCGAAAGAAGAUUCUUGGAUAUUUUGUAGAUAGAAAACUAAACAGACAUAAUACGUAUACAUAUGUAUACGUAUUUUUACUUAUGAUUCAAUGCUACUGUAAGUAUUUUAUCUGAGAAAUAAUUCUUUAGUAUUUUCUCACAGUAAAUGUUAUUUAUCAUUUAUUUUACUUAGAUUAAAUGUAUAGAAAUUCUUUGAUAGUGGGAUACAAUCUAAUUGAACAUAUUAUGUAAUUACGUAUACCUUAAGUUUCUAAUAUAAUGUUUGAAAUGUAUGCAGCAUAUCUAAAUAUUACUGUAGCAAAUAAUUAGCAAUUAUCAUAUGCAAUUAUAAUUUAAUGCGUUUGUGGUUUUCCUAGUUUUGUUUUCUUUUUUUUAUCGAUAUUGAUUUAGAAGAAAUUUCCGUAUUCUCAAAUUAUUUAAUGCAAAUAAUUGUUAAAUGAAAAAAUAUGUAGCCGAGUUAUUUAAUAUUUAAAAUAAUAUUGAGUAGAAUUGGUGUUUUUUUUUUCUGUAGGUGCCAUAAAACACUAAUACAACGAAAAUCUCGGUUAUUCUAUUUAUUGAAUAUAAUUCCGGCACUUUUACACAGUAAGCCACAUAUUUAGUUUUUAAAAUACCUUACAAUCAAUGGAAAAACUCACAUUGAGCCACCCUGAUCAUACUUUUUAAUAUUGAACCUAAGUUUAACGAGAAAACCGUCAACUAUUUACCUACGCAAUUAGGUUGUUUGUCAACGAAUUUAGAGCGUAACUUAGGCCUAAGUUUACCGGCAACAUAAACGUCUGAUUAUCUUAAAACAACUAUUUACUUUAAAACUUUGUACAUUCAUAGUAAAGUCGUUUAAAGAAAAUCAGACGUUUAUUUUGUAGGUCUUGGGCCAUAUUCUCCACUAAAUGAUGGUGCACUUCCAUUUUUCAGUAUAAUGCCAUGUAAAUACUUGCUCGGUGGCCUUUCUAGUAUUGUUUUAUUGUGAUCGGAAUAAAUGUGAUUAUUGUACCUUUUAGUAUAUUAUCGAAGUUUGUGACUACACGUAGAUUUGUAACAGUGACUAUUUUUAAGGUUUUUGAGCUGCACAAAGUGCGAUUAAAUUUUUUCAGCAGGUAUAUAAACAAAAUAAAAGUUUUCAAUUUC